AGUGUCCAAAAGUGGAUCUCCCGUUGGGUAAUCUCCAGCUCUGCAGCGUCUAACAUUGGGACUGCUUCUGGGUACCUCCACUGAUAGUGUUUUUUUUUUUGUAAGUUCGGCUGGGCAUUUUUCCAUUUGUGAAGGCUUCACGCCAGGGUAAGGAGAGACACGAACAUCGCGUCUUCACCCGCCCCCAAAAAAGGGGACAUGACUGAUGCCACUCGGGGAGCUCUCCAGGAUGGUUAAAGGAAAAUUCCCCUUUGUCCUGCUUAAUCGUUAAUUGGGUGAGCUCCUCCGCCGCGACCCCCUUUGAUGUAGCGAACAGGAUGAAAGCCCCGGCGUUCAAACCCCUAUGCGAGGUCAUUCGGAUCAAAAAAAGGGAAGAUGCAGAUGCAGCUGCGGGGAGCGAAUUGUACAAGGCCUUUCUAAAUGCCGGGAAGAAGAACGAAGAGGAGUUAAGAAGCAAGAGUGUAAAAAUUGUUAUCUACGAGCAUGUGAAGUAUGAAGAGGAGAAGCAGCUGAGCAGCAGCAGUUCGAGGAGCGACUCGGACGGCGCCGCCAAUCUCGGCCAUGGUUGUGCCCUUCCACAGGGGGAAAGCAAAAUGGACAAGAAAGGAAAAAAAAAAAAGGAGACCCCGGGGGGAGAACACGGGGAGGCAGCCAAGGUGGAGUCAACGAAUGUCUACCAGGCUGGAAAUGGAGGGGAAGGGGGGGCCAAGGAAAAAGGCAAUCCAAAAGAAGGCGCAAGAGAAACCGCAAAGGUGACAGCAAAGGUGAAAGCGAAAGCCCAAGGGAAGGAAAAAGCAUAUCGAGAGGGAGAACCAACUGCAGGGGGGGAGGAAGACACCCACAAGGUGGGGGAAAAGGGUCCUCGAGUUGAGAAUAACAAAGAGGGAGUAACCACCCAAGGGGAAGGCACCCCAAACGGAAAAAACACCCCUCUGACCAUCCACACACAAAAAAGCGACGUGGUGAAAGAGAGAAAAUCAUCCAAAGUCCUAGGAACAGUAAAAAUUCUGUACAAUUUUUAUGUAAAUUUAUUUGACAAGUUAAAGGAAGAAGUGGAAAACAUUCAGAGCGGAGCUGCGAACAACCACGUCGAUCUGUUUCGAGACGUCAGUCUGUACUCCAACUGCGUUUCCUUAUUUGACGUGAUUAACCUUUGUGAAGAUUUAAAAAUAAUAAAAACGUUUCUGAACUCGAAGAAGGAGUGCGAGCUGAUUUGGAUCCUCACGGUGAACUACCUGGACAAGGUCGACGUCAAGCUGUUUGAGCGGUACAAGCAUAAGAUUGACGUGCCGGCGAGUGAGCCGGUGAGGGAGCGAGUGAAUGAGCCAGUGAAUGAGCCGGCGAGUGAACCAGCGGAGGGGCCAGCGAAGAGGAACAGGAGUGAGGAGCGCACCGAGGUAAGCGAAAAAAAAGGGGGGGAAAAGACCCAAAAGGGGGACAUCGCCCCUGUCCCUAUUAAGGGGGUGGAAGCCAACGCUGGAGCUGAUACAUCAGAAAGAAUGGGGGACCCCCCGCACCCGGGCCAAGAAAUGCUCACCCUAAAAGAGUACAUCUACGCAAAUUGCCACGAAAGAAAAGAUGCCAUCAUGUUCAGAAGGGUUAACUUCUUUGUCUUCCUCUACGUGCUCAUAUAUAUAAUCAAAACGAGCUCACGCAAAAUCAAGUCCCUCUCAGAUGACGUAAAAAAAGUGAGGAGCUUCUUCUUCUUUCUUAACUUAUAUAAAAAAAAAAAAACGAUCGAAACGUUGAGGAAUAUAUAUAAGGAUAAGUAUUUGCCAUUUUUCCAGAAUUUUAAGAGCGCAAAAGAAAUUGAAGAAUACCGAAGGAGGAAGAUUUUCUGCCACAAAUUUUCCUUCCAUAACGUUGACAAGAUUUUAAACCAAAGGGGUGAUGAACUGGUCAGGCUGAAGGAGGCCUGCACUCGGGGGGGGGAGAACCAACCCGGGGAUGAGAAGCCACCCGCGGAGGAGAAGCAAAUUGGGGAGGGCAGCUACGAACUGACCAAUUAUGUAAACGCAGCCGAGCUAGACAGCAACUUAAACUCUACCGGCAACCCGAACAGCGAAGGCAAAAGGGAAUCCCCCCCACUAUUGAGCCCAUACCUACUCGACUACAUAUUUAAAAACUACUGCUAUAAGAAGAAGCACUGGAAAAUGAAGGAAAACGCGUGGAUCAACUUUGGAGUGGUUCGAAAGGAAGAAAACAGGAGGUACAAAAUGGACAUUUAUAAUCACACCAAAUUUAACAUCACCGUGGAUGUGCUUAUCGAUGGCGACCUCCCCAUCCUCGCCAUCUUUAAGGACAAAUUAUUUUGCGUCAGCUCCAAGUAUUCCAUUUACCUCCAAAUUGACCCCAGCAAGGAGGGCGAGUGGUUCGGGUUCGUCAGCAUCGCCUUUAGGUACAAGAACGCCACAAAGGGCGGGGACGCCGUGCGGGUCCCCGUCUACGUCCGCGUCUGUCCGUAG